CAAUAACUGAUUAAUCUCGAGAUAUCUGUUCAAUCUCGAGAUAUCUGUUCGAAGCAAGACAGCAACUGUACUAUGUCCAUCUCUUCGCAGCCUUCCAAUCCACCCGCUCCAGAACUUCUGCCAGCUGCUCCCGACUACGUACAGCUUAAUGUUGGUUAUAUCGAACACCAAGCCAUCGUCAUCAAUCUUCCCACCGCAGUCCUAUAUUUCAAUGCCGCGCAGGGCAAGCGGAAGAAGUACCUCUGCUUUGUAGCAGCAUCAAUCUGUGGACAACACGGCAAUGCAGAGCAUUCAGUCGUUCGUACCGGACCUUCAAAUGAUCAUGUCAGCAAUGCAGAGCCUGAGGCGGGAGACGUGUGGGAGUACCGGGUAGAUGGUGUUCGAGUGGAGAUGGAUCAAAAGGUGGUGGAUAUGCACUACUUGGAAGGUCGAAGUACUCUAUUGUCUUCUACGCGCCGUUCUCGGCGUCAGAACGGCAAUCACACCUUCAAAGCGGACAAGCCUCGCGAUACGAACUUCCCCAAUAAGAUCAAGAAUCGGGACGGUGCCUGUGUAUUUACCGGAGAAGGAGAAGAGGAUUGUGAUGCGAUGCACAUCGUGCCACACACAUACGGGUCAAAGUGCAUACAGUAUAUCGAUAACACCCGCGAAAGAGAGAACGGUACAUUCGACCGUACCGAAAUUGGUCAAUCGGAGCGGCACGACGCUGAUUUACCAGUCAAUGGAUUAUUCGCCGCCAAGGGAGUCCAUUCGAAGUUUGGUCGAGGAUUUUGCUACAUUGUGAAGACGCCAAAUAAGAUUCUUGACAUGGAUGACAUACCGCGUUCCCUCCUCCAAGACGCCAGCCACGCCAGCCACGAAGCGCUCCCCUCUGCUCGAUAUACGGUACAGUACUGCGGGCUGCCUACUCGCGUCCAUGAACGUAGGCUACCUCCAAACACAGAUGCCCGCUUCUCUUCUACUCGCGAUCCCAAAACGCAGAUGCCUUCGGCAAAACUCCUCCAUUACCAAAUGGGCUAUGCGCUUUUGAAGUAUCAUGGGGUGACGAACAUAAUCCUCGAAAACGCCCCAUUCCGAUUUGUGCACCCACCCAGGACAGGGAGCGACCAGGACGAUGAUGGUGAUGACGACUACAGUGACCAUGCGGAAUUGGAUGAGGAUUCUGUUGAUUUGGCCGAUGAGGAGUUGGACGACGAUAGCGACCAAGGUCAAGAAAUGACCAGAGCUAGGAGGCAUGGCUCAGGAUACGGUCGUGUAGGAGAGGACGGCCGGAUUGACGCUUUUGACAUCAUCAACUUGAUGGGCUCGUGGCAUCGGCUUCAUACCACAGGCGCUCAUGUACAUAAAUGGCAGGCAAAGGUGCAGGUUUCGACCAACCCAACCAUCGUGCACGCCGCCUCGUAGGUCUUGGCCAAGGCAACACCAGACGGCCGGAGAGGAAACAGGAAAUAGAAGCAGGAAACGCGCUCACUGCUCAAAAUGGGCCCUCGCCACCCUCUCCUGCCUCACCCAACUCCUGACCCCCUCGCCCCCGGGCAGCCCCCUGCAGCCGGGCCAAACUCCCUCAUCCGGCGUCCCACACAAGCUCUAAAUCCUUUCCAACUGGUUCAAAUCCGACGACCCGCAGAACAUGGGUCUCCUGAGGAAGAGUUCACCCAUUAUCCAUCCC